UCGGCAUGGGCGAGCACCCCAGCCCGGGCCCUGCAGUGGCCGCCUGCGCCGAGGCUGAGCGCAUCGAGGAGCUAGAACCCGAGGCCGACGAGCGGCCGCCCGCGGCGCCGGAGGACCACUGGAAAGUCCUGUUUGAUCAGUGUGACCCUGGGAACACGGGCUACAUCAGCACAGGCAAGUUCCGCAGCCUCCUGGAGAGCCACAGCUCCAAGCUGGACCCGCACAAAAGGGAGGUGCUCCUGGCUCUGGCCGACAGCCAUGCGGAUGGGCAGAUCUGCUACCAGGAUUUUGUCAACCUGAUGAGCAACAAGCGGUCCAACAGCUUCCGCCAGGCCAUCCUGCAGGGGAACCGCAGGCUCUGCAGUAAGGCCCUGCUGGAGGAGAAGGGACUGAACCUCUCCCAGCGACUGAUCCGCCAUGUGGCCUACGAGACCCUGCCCCGGGAAAUUGACCGGAAGUGGUACUAUGACAGCUACACCUGCUGCCCCCCGCCCUGGUUCAUGAUCACAGUCACACUGCUGGAGGUUGCGUUUUUCCUCUACAAUGGAGUGUCACUGGAUCAAUUUGUGCUGCAGGUAACUCAUCCACGGUAUCUGCAGAACUCGCUGGUUUACCACCCACAGCUCCGAGCACAGGCUUGGCGUUACUUGACAUACAUCUUCAUGCACGCAGGGGUAGAACACCUGGGACUCAACGUGGUGCUGCAGCUCCUGGUGGGGGUGCCCUUGGAGAUGGUGCAUGGAGCAACCCGCAUUGGGCUUGUCUACGUGGCUGGUGUUGUGGCAGGGUCCUUGGCGGUGUCUGUGGCUGACAUGACCGCGCCGGUCGUGGGCUCCUCUGGAGGGGUGUAUGCGCUCGUCUCUGCCCAUCUGGCCAACAUCGUGAUGAACUGGUCAGGCAUGAAGUGCCAAUUCAAGCUGCUGCGGAUGGCUGUGGCCUUGAUCUGUAUGAGCAUGGAGUUCGGGCGGGCCGUGUGGCUCCGGUUCCACCCGUCGGCCUAUCCGCCGUGCCCGCACCCGAGCUUUGUGGCACACUUGGGUGGCGUGGCUGUGGGCAUCACACUGGGCGUGGUGGUCCUGAGGAACUAUGAGCAGAGGCUGCAGGACCAGUCGCUGUGGUGGAUUUUUGUGGCCAUAUACAGCAUCUUCGUGCUGUUUGCUGUCUUCUGGAAUAUCUUUGCCUACAGCCUGCUGGACUUAAAGCUGCCGCCGCCCCCCUGA